AUGUCUUUGCCUAAACAUAACCAGUACUUCCAAUUGGGGGGAAAGGACAUUUGGUCCUUGAUCAACGAAACCGCGGCUGCCUCUGAGAAGGCUAGCGGGACGCCCGUGGUGAACCUCGGGCAGGGUUUUUUUUCUUACUCGCCGCCAGACUUUGCGAUUGAGGGUGCCAACACGGCCUUGGCCUCCGCUGCAGCAAACCAAUACUCACCAACCAGAGGUAGAAGCAGCUUGUUACAGGCGCUCGCGGCGACGUACUCGCCGCGCUACGGCAAGCAGUUGGACCCGAACCGCGACAUUCUCGUGACCACUGGAGCCAACGAGGGGAUGCUCUCGGCGUUUUUUGGGUUUGUGGAGCCCGGCGACGAAGUCAUCGUUUUUGAGCCAUUUUUCGACCAGUACAUCUCCAACAUCGAGAUCCCGGGUGGAAAGGUUGUCUACGUGCAAUUGCAUCCACCGGCAAACUUUGACCGGGAGACGAUUUCUGGGAAGGAUUGGAAGAUUGACUUUGCCGAGUUGGAGGCGGCGAUUUCCCCAAAGACUAAGAUGAUUGUGGUCAACACCCCGCACAACCCCGUUGGAAAGGUCUUUACCCGCGAAGAGUUGCUUAGGAUUGGCGAAUUGGCCGUCAAGCACAACUUUGUCAUUCUUUCGGAUGAAGUGUACGAAAACUUGUACUACACGCCCGAGUUCACCCGCAUUGCGACGCUUUCCCCCGAGAUUGCCCGCUUGACCCUUACUGUCGGCAGCGCUGGCAAGUCUUUUGCCGCUACCGGUUGGAGAAUUGGCUGGCUUAUCGGGAACCCAGAUUUGCUUGCGUACGCCUCCAUGGCCCACACCCGGAUCUGUUUUUCCUCUCCAUCGCCAUUGCAGGAGGCCGUGGCAACUGCGAUUACCGCAUCGCUCAAAAACGACUACUACGCUACCACCAAGGCACAAUACGUUGCAAAGUACGAGAUCUUGAACGCCGUAUGGGAGGAACUCGGCUUGCCCUACACCAAGGCUGAGGGCGGCUACUUCACGUUGGUCAACUUCAAGAAGGUUUUUGCCAACAUUCCGGCCGAUUACGCCUACCCGGCGGAGUUUGCCUCCAAGCCACGCGACUUCAAGUUGGCCUACUGGUUGAUUAAGGAGUUUGGCGUAGUGGCUAUCCCUCCGUCUGAGUUCUACAUCGAAGAGCACAAGAGCGUGAUCGAGGACUGUUUGAGAUUUGCUGUGUGUAAAGACGAUUCCAUGUUGGAGGAGGCUGUCAAGAGAUUGCGGGGCUUAAGCAAGUACCUUUAG